CAGUCUCUCACAUCUGGCCUUGGGAAAGCUGAGGGACUCUCUAGCUGAGCUCCUGACAGAUUGAAGGGAUUUGUGCAUUCCUGUUAAAUUCAGCAGCAUUCUGGGACAGUGGGAAGGAGAAUGGCAGAAAGAAAGAGAGAGGAAGUUCAAAUACUUUGUUGUUCUCACAAAACUCCUAAAUCUGGCUUCAAUUAAAAGACUAGGCAGCCGAGCAUGAAAUUUUCAAGACAGUAAAGCUUCAGCGUCCUUUGACAGUACAAGUUGGCGUUUAUCAGCCGGAGGUGGCUAUUGCUUAUAACCCACCGCUCAGAGCCACCGGCUAACUCCUGACAGUCCAGCCCCUCCCUCAGUAUGGCAAGCAUCUGGUUUCUCAGAGACUGUGUCUUUUCAAUCAGCCCUCUGCCCUUCUCCUCGUGCGGUGUCUGCCUAAGGCCAAAAGGCCAGGUUUAGGCAAAAAGAGAAGGUUUCAGUCAUUUUUUUUCACGCGAAGUCAAUGUCCCCUCCCCUUCAACAAAAAAAAAGCCCAAACGUUCCUACUGGGAGGCCUGCGUGGCAUGUAAACUGAAACAGGCUUAGAAAGAGAGUCGGUUUUUCAAGGAACGCAAACACAAAAAGCUUACCAAGGACGACUCCUUCCAGAAUGCUUUGGUUUGUUUAAUCAGUUUUCCAUAAUCUACAGUUUUUGUGCCACUUCACAAGCUACAGGUCCCGGAUUAACAAAAAAAGCCUCACGGUGACAUGCUACAAUGGAACAGCAACAGAAUCAUAACCCACAUGCUCUAGGAAUUCAGAACAACCUCCUUUAUAAACCAGGCACGGGCUAUCAGCAAGAAGCUCAGAAGCAUACCCCAACGUACACCUACCAUAGCCGACUGGCAGAUUUCCAAAUCGAGAAGAAAAUAGGCCGGGGACAGUUCAGCGAAGUAUAUCGAGCAACUUGUCUUCAUAAUGGAAAAGCAGUUGCACUAAAAAAAGUCCAGGUAUUCGAAAUGAUGGAUGCUAAAGCAAGGCAAGACUGCAUCAAUGAGAUUGACCUUUUAAAGCAAUUGAAUCACCCCAACAUAAUUAAGUACUUGGACUCAUUUAUUGAGGACAAUGAGUUGAACAUCGUUCUGGAGUUAGCAGAUGCAGGCGAUCUCUCUCAGAUGAUUAAGUACUUCAAAAAGCAAAAGAGGCUAAUCCCAGAAAGAACGAUAUGGAAAUAUUUUGUGCAGCUAUGCAGCGCCGUUGAACACAUGCACUCCCGAAGGGUGAUGCACAGAGACAUCAAGCCAGCAAAUGUGUUCAUAACUGCAACAGGAGCAGUCAAGCUGGGGGACCUCGGGCUGGGACGCUUCUUCAGCUCCAAAACCACAGCGGCACACUCUUUAGUUGGAACACCAUACUAUAUGUCUCCAGAGAGAAUACAUGAAAAUGGUUAUAACUUCAAAUCAGAUAUCUGGUCACUUGGGUGUUUAUUGUAUGAGAUGGCUGCACUCCAGAGUCCAUUCUAUGGAGAUAAAAUGAAUCUCUUCUCCCUCUGUAAAAAGAUAGAACAAUGUGACUACCCACCUCUUCAAGCAGAGCACUAUUCUGAAAAGUUAAGAGAGUUGGUGAUUAUGUGCAUCAACGCUGAACCGGAUCUUCGACCUGACAUUAGUUACAUGCAUCAGAUAGCCAAGCAGAUGCAUGGAUGGACAUCAAGCACCUGAACAUGAUAAGCUAGAUGAAAAUUUACAAAAGAACAAUUAUCUCACAAUCCUGCUUGAAUAUUGUUAAACAAACACAAAUGAAAUGCCACAAUGAAGAUUUCAAGAAAGCAGAAUCAUUAACGGAAUAUGAUUGAGCCAUUUGGAGUUGAACAGCACUGUAAGGACUGAUACUGUUAGAUUAGCUCCCAACAAUUGUAGGAUGGUUAAGCUCUGCCAUUUGGUCCAGUGAAAAAAUAUAAGGUUUCAUGGUUCCAUGUUACUCUAGAAAAAUAUAUUUAUGGAUGUACUUUCUAAUUUCAUCCACUUAUCUCUGUUUAUAAGUUACGAUAAAGUAAAGAAGGUAAAAACAUGAGAUUGUGCUGAGACCAAACAAAAUUCAGGACACACUCCAGGUUUGGAUAUAUUGCUGCCAGGGUGUGGCAUGAUAAAAAUGACAAACAAAAUAUGCUUAACUGGACAGAAAAAUAAAUGAUCGAUAAAUAAUAAUAAAAAUUGGUAGUUUUACUAACAUGUUAAUUUAGAAAAAAACAAGUGUACUUUCUCUUUUCAUUUAUUUAGCAUACUUUCAUCAUGCCUUUGCACAAGACAUAAUGUCUUUGUAGGCAAGUACUCAAGUAGCAGUAUUGUAAUAGAAUCUAAUUCAUUUCUGUCUUAUCAGAACUUGACACUAUGUACUUAGAUUUUACCUAAAUUACAGUGACAGAUGAUAUUUUAGCAUUGAUUGACAAAUUAACUUGUCCUAUGGAAUUUUCUAUGCCACCAGCUUUUAGGUCUUUAGCUGGAGACUUUACUAACAUUACCUAUUGAAAAGACCUUAAGAUCUGGGAGCCCCAUUGAAUCUGCCCCACCAUUUGAUCAUGGCUGAUAGGUUUAGAAUUUAGUUAAGUGAGUUGUUGAUCAUGUACACUAGAAUUAGAACUUUGUGUGCUUUUAUUGUGACUAAUAAAGCACCAUCUGGAAAACGUGCUGCUGUCAGCCAAACCUUACUUUUUACUCAUGAACUUCUAUCUAAUGAGCUAUAUCUAGAUUUUAAAGACAUCAUUAGGUGUUGUCCGCCUUUCCAAUAAUAUUUACAGAACAAGUCCAGCUAAUUUUGUGUGGAUAAAUUCUAGAGCAUUUUUACUUAGUGAUAUGAUGUUGGUUUCACCGAGUAAGUCUGUUGGCACAGAUAUGCUACUCUGCUUUUCAGGCUGAGAGCUGUGUCCAUUCUUUUCUUCCACUUUGCCAUGUUUAAACGAGUUCACUUCUAACACUAUGUGCUGUAGACUAUUCUGCAAUUCUUUUUGUAAUACUUUUAUAUUCGUUGAAAUAAAAGUAAUGUCACUUUUAA